AUGCCACGCCAGCCUCGCCGCGAAGAGUACACUGUAGGAUGGGUAUGCGCACUGCCCAUCGAGUCCGCAGCGGCAAGAUCGAUGCUAGACGAAAAGUAUGAUGCCCCCGAUCCCGAACCAGGCGAGAAGUGGGAUGACAUAUAUUUCACGGGUUCGAUCGCCGGCCACAAUGUUGUUAUCGCUUGCCUACCGGGGCGUACUGGGACGAAUUCCGCAGCUACGUUGGCAACACGGAUGCAAGCCAAAUUCCAAGGAAUCAGAUUUGGACUCAUGGUAGGCAUCGGUGGAGGUGUACCAGGCGGGCAAGCAGAUAUUCGACUUGGAGAUGUUGUUGUCAGUGCACCACAAAAGACCUUCGGAGGGGUAGUCCAAUACGAUAUGGGAAAGACGACACCAACAGACAUCAUAAGAACAGGAAGCUUGGACUCACCACCCCAGAUCUUGCUUAGUGCAGCAGGCGCACUAGAAUCUGACGCUUUGAUCGGCGAGAGCAAGCUGCUCAGCAUACUCUCAAAAACCCAGCACAUCCCUUCUUUGCGGCGGUGUGAAUCCAGUACAGAUGUGCUGUACGAUGCAUCCUACAAUCACGGAAACGAUCCAACUUGUGAGAAUUGUUGUUCCGAUAAACAAGUGAACGCGACUCACGAUCUUCAAGCCCCGCUUUUGAGUCUUCGAAACGUAGGAAAAUCGAGGGCCUUGGUGCUCAGGUGCCUGAGCUCGAAGAGCGGGGACUCGUUGUAUGAACGAACCCGACAGCCACUGAAAGAAGCUCGAUUCCAUCAUCCGCAAAAUGAAGACCCAACACGCGGGGCAUUGAGCGACGAGCAGAAACAACAGCUUCUAAAGUCUCUGGAAUUCGACCAGAUUGACGAACGGAAAAACACGAUCAAAAGGGCUCAUACGAAAACAUGCAAAUGGCUUUUACAAAGCGCGCCCUAUCUAGAUUGGCUUGAAGUUGCGAAGAGAAGCGAGCACCACGGAUUUCUGUGGAUCAAAGGGAAAGCUGGAGCAGGAAAAUCCACGCUCAUGAAGUUUGCUCUAGAAAGAGCGCCCAAAGAAGUACAAGGCAGCUCGACACUGUCUUUCUUCUUCAAUGCACGGGGAAAGGCAAUGGAGAAGUCUACAACAGGAACCUAUCGGUCAUUGUUACUGCAGCUUCUUACGAGAUUUCCAAAGUUGCAGAACGUCUUUAGCUUGCUUUAUUCAUCAACAGUAGACUUCGAUGAAAAUCGCGAGUGGAGUAUGGAAUCGCUCAAGAUGCUUCUCGAAGAGGCUAUCCUGAUGCUCGGGAAGGCUCCCGUCAUAUGUUUCAUCGACGCGUUAGACGAAUGUGACGAAAGAGAGAUUCGAGACAUGAUCCAGUUUUUCGAGCACAUUGGGGACUUGUCAACAGAAAGGGAUUUGCCCUUCUUUACCUGCUUUUCUAGCAGGCACUAUCCUCAUAUCACUAUUCGCAAAGGACUCGAAUUGGUGUUAGAAGGGCAAGAAGGCCACAAUCAAGACAUUAUCAACUACAUUGGAACUGAGUUGAAAAUUGGAAAGAGCAAAAAAGCACAGAAGAUCAGAGACGAUGUUCGAGAGAAGGCAGCGGGUAUCUUCAUGUGGGUCGUUUUGGUUGUUGGCAUUUUGAACAAAGAAUCAGAUCAAGGCCGUGUGGAUCGGCUCCAACAAAAAUUGCACGAGAUUCCCAGCGACUUACACGACCUAUUUCGCGAUAUUCUCACCCGAGACUCAAAUAACAAGGAGCAAUUAGUCUUGUGUAUUCAAUGGGUGCUCUUUGCAAAACAGCCACUCAGUCCCGAGCAGUUAUACUACGCUAUAUUUUCUGGAAUCGAUCCUAGUGCUGUAUCCGCAUGGGACCCCGACGAAGUUGAUCAAGAUUCAAUCAAGAGGUUCAUACUUGAUUCUUCAAAAGGCCUUACUGAUAUUACUGCCUCCAAAAAUCAAAAAAUUCAAUUCAUACACGAAUCGGUCAGAGAUUUCUUGCUCAAAGAGAAUGGACUAGCAAAAAUCUGGCCCGAAUAUCAGCACAACUUCUUGGGCCAAAGUCACGACAAGCUUAAACUGUGCUCCUGGGUUUACAUCAAAGUUGUCCUAGAUAAGUCACCGGACAUUCUCCAUUUUCUCCACGAACAAUCUUCAAUGGCAUCGAAAGAGCUACGUCUCUCAAUGGAAAGGCAGUUUCCACUUCUUGAGUACGCUGUCCACAGCAUCUUCUACCAUGCAAAUUUGGCAGAACAUCACCACAUUUCCCAGGCGACAUUUUUGGACGAGUUCCAGCUUGCAACCUGGGUUCUGCUGGAUAAUCUGCUGGAGAACUUCAAAAUUCGUAAGCAUCAGCAUACCGUCAGUCUGCCGUAUAUUUUAGCCGAACUAGACUGCGCCAAUCUCAUCAAGUCUCACGUUCCGCUCAGUAAAGUUCUAGAUAUCACAGAAGAGCGCUAUGGCUGCCCUUUGUUCGCUGCAAUUGCCCUUGGAAACGACGCAGCGAUUCGAGUUCUCUUGACGGCAAUUGAGUCAGCACCACCCCAAACAGAUACAAACCGUGAACAGUCUGAUUAUCAUACGGAAUUGAUUACUUCCAUUCGAGACAGUCAUCGGAAUUUUGUUUACGUGCGGGGAAAAAGCUUCUUAUUCAACGCAACACAGAUAUGCCCCGAACAGGUCAUUACUCGACUGCUUAAAUUACCAAUAUGCAACCUUGAAUCAUCACGUUCUGAUAUUCAGCAAAUACUACUUAAAGCUUCGAGUCGGGGCUACGAAUCUGUUGUUAAGUUAUUACUUGACAACCAAAAACUUAUCUACGACUUGGUGCCUUCCUCACUAGACAUAGCGCUGCAUGAGGCAGUGGCGAUCGGGAAUGAGCCAAUCGUCAAAAUGCUUGUCCUUAAAGGGGCCAAUAUUGACGCACGAGAUGAGGUCGGUAGAAACAAAAUCCACAUAGCCUCAUCAAAAGGGUUUGAGAGCAUUGCGAUGUUCCUCUUGGAUAUUCGCUUAGAUCUUGUUAACAGCAAAAUCCUGGAUAGAUAUACUCAUUUCCAGGGCAUAAUUGCAGAUCAGCGUGGAUAUACCCCCCUCAUCUUGGCUUCUGCCACUAACAAUAGAGAACUCAUAAGGCUUCUUCUGGACCAAUGCGCUGAAAUGGGACCAAUACCGGGACACCAACCUAUGACAUUGCAGGCAGCUUGUGGGGCGGGUCACAGGCUUAUCGUAGAGUUAUUGCUAGAAGGAGGCGCUGAUGUGAACGGAAAGGGUGGUUAUCACGGCACUGCGCUUCAGCUAGCUUGUUUUAGGAACUAUGGAGAUAUCGUAGAGUUAUUGUUAGAAAGAGGCGCUGAUGUGAACGCAAAGGGUGGUGAAUACGGUACUGCACUCUACGCAGCUUGCCGUAGAGGUGUUAAGAAUAUCGUGGAGUUAUUGAUAGAGAUAGGCGCUGAUGUGAACGCAAAGGGUGGUAGAUACGGCAGUGCACUUCAAGUAGCCUCGUGGUUUGGCUACACGGAAGUUGUGGAGUUGCUGAUAGCAAAUGGGGCCAGACAGGACGAAAGAGGGCCUUGA